CGCAAUUUUAUAUCUGGGCUUCCAAAAAAUUCAUCGUUCUCAAAAAAUUCCAGAAAAGUUAUGCCGAAAUCAACCCGGGUUGCUGCUUAUUUUGUUCUUCUUUUAGCUUCAUUAACUCUUUUUACAGAAAAUUCUCUUGUUCUUGGAUCCCCUCCAGAGAUUUCGAGAAGGCCUGACCCGUUGAGGAAAUUUAAACGAUACAAUGGGGAUUAUGAUAUUAGAGAUAUGCAUUACUGGGCUUCUGCAGCAUUUACAGGCAUCCAUGGUUAUGCAAUGGCUGGAAUUUGGUUAGCCUUUGGUUUGGGCUGUGUAAGCUUUAUGGUUCUGAAGCAUUGCUCUGGACAUUCUUCUCCAACUGUAUAUCAUGGGGAUUCUUCCUACUUAAUACUAUUCUUGCUUGUUGUUCUCUUCACUUUUUUUGCUAUAGCUGCAACUUGUGUCAUAAUCGCAGCAAAUCAGAAGUCGCUACAGAGAGCUAACAAGCUUAAAGAAACCAUUUCUGAUGUUGGGAGAGAUUCUUCUCAAGCCAUACGAAGAGUAAACAUAGCCUUUAUAGAUAUGCAAGUGUUACUACAGCCAUAUGAUCCAGGGACUUGCCAUCAAUUGAGUUUGACAACCCAUCGGCUAAAAAGAGAAUCGAUAACUAUUCAACAAUUUGUUUACAUGACCAGGCAAUCUAGCGAUCAAGCAGUUAAAAUUUUGUAAGAAUCUUCCUUUUUUAAAUAUAUUUGCAUUCAAUUUUUUUUCACUAAUCCCAUGUGCUCUUUCUAGAUAUAUGGCAAAUCUUGUGGUUGUGACAGUCAAUUUGGUGUUCUUAGUUGCUGGAUUAGGUGAGAUUUGUAUAUAGUAAUGCAUGGAUGGAAAUUCUAGCAUAUGCACAUUUUGUGGACAUCCAAGUAAAAAUGAUUCUUUUUUAUACAAAACAACGAAAAACUGAAUCAUAUUUCCAGUGAAGCUGCCAGAUUAGCAUCUGGGGGAGCGUACAAAUUUCUUAACUAGUCCAGUUUAAAAAUAUUAUAACAUAUUUAGUGCUAUUUUCAUUUUUGGAAAAACCAUAUAUUUUAGAUUACAUUUUGAUACGUAAUCUCAAGAGAGAAUUGGAUAGUACUAGACAAUAUUAAGAUAGAAGAAUAGGUCAAACUUGUCCAGUCCUAUCUAGCAUUGCUUAUGAUUAGAGUAUCUCAAAUAGUUGCAAAUGCUAGCGAUGAUGUUUAUGCUGCUAUUCCUCUUUAUUUAUUCCUUUUGAGGGUUUAGUUAGUUUCUUGUGACAAUGCAACUUGGUUAGACUAACAGAUUGCUGCUUUCGCUCAGUUCUGCUCCUCCUGCAUUGUCAACCUGGCAUGAUACUCAUAAUCUUUUGCUGCUGGGUAUUGACAACUCUAAUCUGGUUUCUUACCGGCAUUAAUUUCUUCUUCUAUACUUUUGUUAUCGAUACUUGUUCAGCAUUGGAGAAUUUUGUGCAAAACCCCCAGAACAAUAGCCUGUCUAACAUACUUCCAUGUGCACAGUUGAAAAACAAUGACAAAACAUUGGUGCAAAUUGGCUAUACUGUUCAUAGUUUCAUAAAAGAGGUAAACUCGAAGAUCUUAGAGGUACAAGGACUAGUUACCAUGAAUGAACAAAAAGAUAUAUCAAUCCAGGAAGUUUGUAACCCUUUCUCUGGUGCUCCUCAUUAUAGUUACACACCAGGAAACUGUGGAAACAAAUCUAUUUCAGUUGGAGAUUUACCAAGUGUCCUUUCGAAAUUCACUUGUUACAAUUCGUCAAGAAAAUGCCUAGAUGAUGGGAGAUUUCUUGCCGAGUCCUCGUAUAUAAUUGUAUGGGCUUACAGCCAGUCAAUUCAAGGCUUGAUACGUGUAUUUCCUGAUUUGUUGAGCUUGAUGCGAUGCUCAUUCGUGAUAGAAGUGUUCUCAGAUAUUGUUGCGCACCAGUGCAAACCAUUGAAAUUUUCAGUAAAACUGUUAUGGUCAUCUGCAUUAUCCCUUUCAAUUUUUAUGAUGAUUUUGGUACUACUUUGGUUGGAAAAAGUUAUCCAAGAUAGAGGAAGGUGCUUCAGUAGGUGUUCAAUCUUCCCAAGGCCAGCAGUGUAGAUGAUUUGAAGCUUGAGGGUGAAUUUUGCAAAAGAAAUUUGUUUUGGACAGAAAAGUAGGUAGUGGGAAUUUCUUUGAAUAGGUGUGGCGAUUCAAUCCAUGAGUUGCAAGACUCAAUGUGAAACAUAAAGAACAUGUGUUUGUUGGUAGGAUUUUUAACUUAUUUUGUUCUUUAAUAUUGUCUAUUGUCGUACAACUUAUAACAUGAUGAAAAGUUCAUUGUA